AUUUAUAACUAUCGAUAUCGAAAAUGGCAACAUCGUUUUAUAAAAACAGCUGGAAAUUGGUUGUUUUGAGCAGAUUUGACUUUGACGUUUUUUUUGAUUACCUAUCUCAAUAAAUAAAAAUAUCGUGCAUAGAACGAUAGAUGCGAUUAUAUAAAUAUCCUAAUAUUAACUAAAGUGAUACAGUGAUGUUACCAACGAGUAUUUAGAUACUUUUUGUUGACUGUUAUAUGUCCAAAAAAUCUGUACGAUUUUCUAUACAUCCAUUAAGAGCAAAGCCGGUGUAAAAUGGGGGGAGCUGUGAGUUCGGGACGCAAUAAUGACGAUCUUAUUGAUAAUCUACUUGAAGCAGAUUAUAUUAAAUCAGCACAAAUAGAACGAGUAUUCAGGGCAGUAGAUAGAGCCGAAUACUUUCUACCAGAGUUCAGAGGAAAUGCUUACAAGGAUUUGGCAUGGAAAAGUGGAAAUCUACACCUGUCAGCUCCCUGCAUCUACUCAGAGGUCAUGGAAGGACUCUGUCUAGCUCCAGGACUGUCGUUUCUGAACCUAGGCUCUGGAACAGGUUAUCUUAGCACUAUGGUGGGAUUAAUCCUGGGAACAAAUGGUGUAAAUCACGGGAUCGAGCUUCAUGAAGAUGUCAUUCUGUAUGCCAACAGAAAACUGGAGGAUUUUAAGAGGUAUUCGGGUGCUUUAGAUGAGUAUGAUUUUUGCGAACCUAAAUUCAGGCAAGGGAAUUGUUUGAGUCUUACUAGUGAGUGUACUGCACUGUAUGAUAGGAUUUAUUGUGGUGCAGGGUGUCCGGAACAAUACAAAGAUUACAUGAAGAGUUUGAUUAAAGUUGGAGGUGUCUUAGUUAUGCCUAUUAAUGACCAACUUUUUCAAAUAAAAAGAACAACUAAAGCAGAAUGGAAAGCAAAAUCACUACUACCCGUAUCUUUUGCUUCACUUAUUUUGCCUCCAGAAGACUUUCAGGACUUUGUCCAUCCAAUUGAAAUUGAACCACUGUCUCUGCAAGUGUUAUGUAGAGCAGUGGUACGAAAUAUACUGAGGAGAAAUAUAGAAAUUGACCAUCCCCCAGCAAAGAGGGUGAAGUUCAGAGCUCCAUCCAAAGAGCCCAAAAGAAAAAGAGUGUUGAAGAGGCUUGUCGUGCCAUUGUUUGAUGAUGAUGAGAGUUCAGAUGAGGACAGACAUGUUAGAAUUGGGGGUGACAGAAAUCAUAAUGCAGGUCGUGCAAGUUUUAGAAGCGACGAUGGCGGAAUAUUUAGUUUCUUUUUAGGAAUGGGGGGUAGGAGAUCAAGUGGAGAUAGAGAAAGUUCUUCAAGUUCAAGCAGAAGAAAUAGAGAGUCUCGAACUAACCAAGAAUCUAUGGAGGUUGAUAGUAAUAUAGCUGAAGAAAGCUCAAAUCAUAGCACUGCUGAGGCGCCGACUUCUCAAGAGGUCAGAGCCGUCAUUGAACACCACCCCGAUCCACAAAACCCCAACGAAGCCAACCAGAGUCGUCCAGAGGGGGAACAGUCUCUGGACACUAUAAAUGACAUCAGUGACGUGCUUGUGGAAUGUCUCGAAGUGCUCAGAAGGGAGAGGGCAAGUCUGGAACGGCAAAGGGAUGAUCUGGUGGAGGAAAUGGCCAGUCAGGAUAACCAGGAGAACGAGAACGAGGAGAAUGCACAGAGAGAAGUGGAGGGAGGUCAAAAUGAAAUGCAGAACAAAGAUGAGGGCUUUUCUAUGGGCUCUAACAAACCAUCGACCAGCGCAGCUCCGUCAAAGUCCAACGGAAAAAGAGAAAAAUUCGACAGCGGUCUGGGUGACGAAAUUAUCGAAGCCAGAGAUUCUUCAGACGAUGACGACGAAGAUGAAGAGGGUGAUAACAUGAAAUUGGACGCCAUCUCUAGUUGCGACGAGGAACAAGCCACUUCCGGUCUGGAGAAACGUCAAAAAAGAGGAACACGUCGCGUGGCCAAGUUAAGAAGGAUGGAUUGCCGGUCCCGUAGCCAUAAUCAAGAUAACAGCAGUGAAUUUGAUACUGAAGAAGAUACGAAACAGGUCGACAAUGAAUUGAAAAUGUACCAGAGCCCCUUCACUGAACACAUGAAGGCCAAAAUUCAGGAGUUGCCGCUGCCACUGAUCCUGAAGAGAUAUUUGAACUACUACAGAGAAUUCUAGGUUUCUACGUACUUGGAAACAUAAGUUCUCAUUUUUUGGUCUCUGUAUAAAGGAAAAAUAAGGCGUUUUAAGAAGAAUAGUGAUCGAUUUGAAGUGUUUAUUUAGUACAGGGUGUACUAGAAUUAAACAUUGUUUUUUAUAUGGAAGGAAAUUUAUUUUCUGAAACAUAUUUUUCGAACUAGAAUUUUAUAAAUUAUUUUAUUUAGGAAAGUUAUCAUCUAGGAUAGUCUUUAUAUAGGGUGAUUCACGGCGAUGGUAGGUUAGAUUUUUAUGGAGAACUUUUUUAAAAUUUGGAUUUUUACAGUAAGGCACCUGCUUCAUAUAUCUAAAUUAUUUUCAGCGUUACAGUGUUGUCGCUUCAUUUGAAAAUUGGUAGUAUCUUUGUUAUUUUAAAUGGAACACCCGGUAUAUACAAUUUUGGAAACUACUUUGAUAUCUCAUUUUUCUAUUGUACUAACCUAUAUCUAUCUCUACUAGUUUUUGAGAUAAAAAAUAAAAUAUGUGUAAAAUUUUGGUUAAAUUAUAAAUUCGGCAUAUUGAAAGCUGAAAUUUGGUUUAUAGUAUAGGUUAAGGAGAGUCGACAUAUUCGAUCUGUCUAAAUCAACUAACUGGAUAUCAGACAGGUCAGAGAUCAGAAAAAAUAUUUAUUUCCGUUUGUUAUAAAAUCGCUGAAAUCAUUGUUAUUUUAAAUUCAAGCCUAUAUAUUAGUGAUGUAAAAAUUCUAAGUAAUCGUUACAAAGUAACAGUUACUUAACGAGGACUCGCAGUAACGCUUACCAUUUGAAUUUAGGACUCGUUACUCGUUACUAAGCUGAUUCGUUACUUUUGCGCUGGCAGUAAUCGUAAUCCCUGGAAAUGCACGAACCGAGGACUCGAAACUCGAUGCUGAAAUAUUCCUUACUUCGACGUAGGUCUAGUUGUUAUCAAUAUGUUUAUGUUUAAAGUGUUGACUUGACGCCGGCCGGUGUUUUGGAUGGCAAAAGUGUGAUAUUUUUAUUACAAUUAUGAUUGGCUCAUGACGAACCGGCGCGGCCGCGGUGUUUGUCCCUUUGCGCUUUGUUGUCAGUUUUUAUUUAGGUAAUUCCGCACCUUUUUCGAGUGUGUUUUAUUUUUUGAUUUAUAGUUGUUCGGUGAGCGAAGAAUAGAAUUGUUUAUUUAGAUUAAUAUGUCUUAGAUAUUAAUUAAAAAUGGAUUCACGUUAUUCACAAAAAAUGUUAACAUCUGAAAAAGCAGAGCAAAUAUUUUUCCUGUUCAAAAAAGAAUAGAUAUUUCGCUACUUACGUACGCUGCGAGAAAAUCUACAAAAUAAAAAUAGUAAUUUUUAGUUAUUUUUUACUUUUUUGAAGAGAUGAAUCCGUCACA